CGACCACGAAGGUCGUCGGAGCGCGGCGAUAAGUGUACUUCGAAUGUUCGUCGCGAGUGCAAUGUUCUAAUUACAAUUAAAUCUGAUGGAACGCGCGAAGGACAAUGAGUUCCCAUCAAGCUCGAUCUUACACGCGAAUAAACGGCUUUUGGAGCUGGACCUCGAUUAUUUAGAAAGAAGAGGCGGAAAUACAAUAACUUACGAGGGCGCUGAAGGAAGCUCAAAAGAGGAAGAUAGCCCUGCGGACACAUUAGAUCGUGUUAAGGUUAUCUUCCUAGGUGCACCCGGCGUAGGAAAGACGAGUAUAAUCCGACAAUUCGUCUGGAGCGAGUUUUCCGAGGAGUACAGACCGACCGAGAGGCGGGAGACAUUUUAUCCGAGCGUGGUGCUGGCCGAUCGAUUAUACGAAUUGAAGAUCACCGAUUUGCCCACCAUCCCGUAUUUCCCGGUCAGUUCGCACUUGGAAUGGACGGACUUUCGUUAUUAUGGACUGCGAAGUGCAACAGCGUACGUGCUUGUAUUUGAUCUCAGUAAUCAGGACACGUUUCAGUAUAUUAGAACGUUACGCGAGCAAAUCUACGAGGCGCGCGACAUGAGAGGCGUACCAUUGCUGGUGGUCGGGAACAAGCAGGACGAACUGUCACAGACCGUCGCUUCCGGGACCAGGUACAGGGACAUCGUGAACCUCGUCCGGAAACACUGGAGAUGUGGUUACGUCGAGUGCAGUGCCAGAUUUAACUGUCGCGUAGUGCAGGUAUUUCGGGAACUGAUGAAGAGCAUACAGGCAAUAGAAGGUAGGCCGAACUCGCCGUCACCAGCGGCCAUACAACCAAUGCGAUCCCAUCAGCACGAUACCAGCGAGAGGUGCAUUCUUCUUUGACAUUAAGACCAAAUCGCUUCCCUGUUACGAGGCAGUCGAUCGUACAAUGCAACGUCAUAUAUCGCGUAUCGUAUACUUGCCCGCGAGCAAUGAAACCGGAGUAAUGACAACUCGAAGAGCAUGUCACUCGAGGCACGAGAGAGUCAAGAGUGGUAGAAUACAUCGUACAUCGGGGGGAUGACUCUUCUAAGACUGCACAAGAGUGCUAACGUGCACAAUCACGCGAGCGAGUGGACGAGUGAAAUAACAAGUUUCGAAAUAAGCGACAAUAAUAAUCGAGAUUUAUGCCAACGGCGAAUUCGCUGCGACAUUGCGAUUUAAUCGCCGAAUUAUAUAUAUCGGAGAUUUCGCGCAUAAUUUAACGGGGCUCAUUCGGUGAAAUCCCGCCGAUUCAACGGAAAGGACCUGUCUCUUCCCGCAGUAUUCAAAUUUUGUAUUCAUGUUAAUCGCAUUUGCAUAUUUAAACAAUCUUCCUUUAUACGUAGAUCGUCGAUUACGAUACUAAUGUAGUAAUAUUACAAUAUUAUAACGAUAAUUAUCAUUUCCUAGACGAAUCAAUUUUACGCAGUAAAAUUACUUUUACGUGUGUAUACCGAUUUUCAAUGAGUUAUGCAGAUCUCUAGACGGAAAUGAGAUCGUCCAUAGGAUUUAACACGGGUUAGAAUGCUCAGAAGACUAUUAAAUAGCAUAAAAAUUA